CAAUUUUUCAAUUUUUGCGGACUCCGUGAAGCCCGUUUGGAUGCGGACCAGUCUCUUUUUAUCAAGGAGAAGAAGUCAAAGUUUAUAGUGGCCCUUUCGUGGGCCAUCAACGUUGCACUGUUCGAUGCUCCGCGGUCACACAUGGAAGAACUCCGACGAGUGUGGGUCGACCGCUGCAUCAACUCUCCGCGCUGGAAGAACUUUAACACCAAGCUGAGCAGUGAAUGGUCGGGCAUCACGAUGUAUUCAACUGUAAUGGUAGCAGUGGACGUCAGUUUCCUAGCUGUACCUUCCGUCAAUUCCCAGGAUACCAGUUCGGUUACGGUUAUCACCUCGUACAUUUCCUUGUUUUGCAUCGUCGGAUCGCUGGUCGUGUCCUUGUUUCUCACCAGACAGAAUCAGUUGCAUGGGCAGGAAUUUGCCGACACAGCAGUUAUAUUCCUCACGCGGGUGACAGGAUCUGUAUUUGGCACUAAAUCUCUGGCGAUGGUGCACGGACUUCCAUAUGCUAUGCUGCUGUGGGGCAUGGUGUAUUUCGUAAUUGCGUUCUCUUACCAGGUCUUUACGUCCACGCCCAUUAUCACUCUUGCAACUACUGGGAGUGCAUGCGGCGUUGUGGCGCUUUUUACGCUG